UUAUCGCUCUGUCACCCAGGCUGGAGUUUAGCGCUGCGAUCUUGGCUUAUUGCAGCCUUGACCUUCCAGGCUCAAGUCCUCCCUCCUCAACCUCCCAAGUAGCUGGGACUACAGAGACGGGGUUUCACCAUGUUGGCCAGACGGGUCUCAAACUCCUGACCUCAAGUGGUCCACCUGCUGUGGCCUCCCAAAAUGUUGGGAUUACAGAUGUGAGCCACCGUGCCCAGCCUUUUGAGCAAUUUGUUGACUGUUUAUCCAUGUUGCCACAAAGGACAUUAUGUCAUCGAUGUUUGUUGAUGGGGUGUAUUUUGUUGCAUCUGUAUGCCAAAGUUCCUUCAUCCUUUCAUCAGUUGAUGGACAGGUGCGGGCAUGUUGCGGGAAAUGAUAAAAUGCCCUGAAUUUUGAUGGCUGAAAAGUAUUCCAUUGUGCCUGUGUCCUGGAGAUUCUUCAUCCCUUCAUCUGUGGAGGGACAGGUCCAUCCAUGUUGCCGCAAAGGACGUUACGUCAUCAGUUUUUGUUCAUGGGGCGUAUUUCACUGUGUCUGUAUGCCGAUAUUACUUCAUCUCUUCGUUAAUUGAUGGACAGAGAUGGGAUUUCACCAUUUUGGCCAAGCUGGUCUGAAACUCCUGACUUGAAGUGAUCCACCCGACUCGGCCUCUGAAAAUGCUGGGAGUACAGGUGCAACCGUGUGGUUCCCCACGAUAUGAUUUCAUUGUGGUUUUCUGUCUGAAGAGUAUCCCAGUGUGUACAUGUGGAGCAGCUUCUUUAUCCCUUCAUCUGGGGAUAAGCAGCCGAAGAGGAUUCCACCGUGUGCUGCAGUUUCUUUAUCCCUUUAUCUGUGCAUGAACAGGCGAAGGCCCCCUGCCCAUGGAGGUGUGCUGCAGACAGCAGCAGCAGCAGCAGCAGCAGCAGCAGCAGCAGCAGCAGCAGCAGCAGCAGAGGCCUGGCUUCCUGAGGAAUUGCUGGCCGGUUUGAGGAAGGAAGGAAGUCCCACCUACCAUGAUCACCCUCCAGCCUGGAGGAAGCUCCAUGCCAGCAGCAUGGACCAGCAUGGGAGCCAGAGCCCUGCUAAUGCUGCAGCUCAUCACCCCUGCUCAGCAGCCCAGCAGCCCAGCAGCCAUUGCCACAUCCCAUUUCCAGGGCCUCCUGCCCCCAUGCCCCCACGUGCCCAUGGACCGACACACCACUCUUCCUGUUGGCCCAAGUCUGGAGAAACAGCUACGGCCAUCCCAGCCCUGGCCAAGGGGAAAAUGCCGGAAGACUCCAGGGUGGGAGGAAGCGCGUCCCAAGGCCCAGGAUCUGCGAGGCGACUCGGGGAAAACGCAGGACCUGCUGAAGCUCACACCCGUGGACCACCCAGACUGCCUGCCGCUACAGGAUGCCCUCCGCAUCUCCCAGGACUUCUUUCUGGCAUCAGUGUGGACAUUGACCCCGCUGGACUGCAGUCACAGUGGACUCCCAAGGGGCAGUGUACGCAGGUCACACGGUGUGUCAUAGAGACAGGAAAGACUGGGACAGAUGGUUGCAGCCCCGUGGAAGCCCCCCUGACUCUGAGGGUGGCUGAGGGGAAACUCUGGAAAUCCUCAUGGAGUAGAAACCAUCCAGAGCCCAGCAGAGCCAUGAAGAUGAAGUUAGUGGUGCUGGGUCUGCUGGCCGUGGUCCUGGUGCUGGUCAUUGUUGGCCUCUGUCUCUGGCUGCCCUUGGCCUCCAAGGAACCUGACAACCAUGUGUACGCAAGGGCUGUGCAGCUGCGGAUGCCAAGCACUGUUCAGAGAUUGGGAGCUUUGGAGCGAUGGUGUAUUCACCACGGACAGGCAUCAUCCUCAACAACGAGCUCCUGGACUUAUGCGAGCGAUGCCCCCGGGGUUCCGGCACCACCCCCUCACCUGGCCAUCAUGAACAAGCUGUGGCUUGGCUUUGACCUGAGAGCAGCCAUUGCAGCCCCCAUCCUGCAUGUCAACAGCAAGGGCUGUGUGGAGUACGAGCCCAACUUCAGCCAGAGUCUCACUCUGUUGCCCAGGCUGCAGUGCAGUGGCACGAUCUCAGCUCACUGCAACUUCUGCCUCCCAGGUUCAAGGAAUUCUCCUGCCUCAGCCUCCCAAGUAUCUAAAAUUACAGGGAUGUGCCACCACACCUGCCUCAUUUUGUGUUUUUAGUAGAGACGGGGUUUCACCAUGUGGCCAGGCUGGUCUUAAAAUCCUGGCCUCAAGUGAUCCGCCUGCCUUGGCCUCCCAAAGUGCUGGGAUUACAGGUGUGAGCCACAGUGGCACUUUUAUAAAGGGUUACAGCCUGCAGGGUGGCCAUCCGCCACUUUCAAAAGCAUAGCCUCUGGCAGAAACCAGAGUCAGGCCCAAAAAACCAGCAAGGAGCCGGUUUUUGAAAUGAUCAACAAAAUUGAUAGACUGCUAGCAAGACUAAUAAAGAAGACAAGAGAGAAGAAUCAAAUAGACACAAUAAAAAAUGAUAAAGCGGAGAUCACCACUGAUCCCACAGAAAUACAGACUACCGUCAGAGAAUACUGUAAACACCUCUAUGCAAAUAAACUAGAAAAUCUGGAAGAAAUGGAUAAAUUCCUCGACACCUACACCCUCCCAAGACUAAACCAGGAAGAAGUUGAAUCUCUGAAUAGACCAAUAACAGGCUCUGAAAUUGAGACAAUAAUUAAUAGCUUACCAACCAAAAAAAGUCCAGGACCAGAUGGAUUCACAGCCGAAUUCUACCAGAGGUAGAAGGAGGAGCUGGUACCAUUCCUUCUGAAACGAUUCCAAUCAAUAGAAAAAGAGGGAAUCCUCCCUAACUCAUUUUAUGAGGCCAGCAUCAUCCUGAUACCAAAGCCUGGCAGAGACACAACAUAAAAAGAGAAUUUUAGACCAAUAUCCCUGAUGAACAUCUAUGCAAAAAUCCUCAAGAAAAUACUGGCAAACUGAAUCCAGCAGCACAUCAAAAAGCUUAUCCGCCAUAAUCAAGUGGGCUUCAUCCCUGGGAUGCAAGGCUGGUUCAACAUAUGCAAAUCAAUAAACGUAAUCCAGCAUAUAAACAGAACCAAAGACAAAAACCACAUGAUUAUCUCAAUAGAUGCAGAAAAGGCCUUUGACAAAAUUCAACAGCCCUUCAUGCUAAAAACUCUCAAUAAAUUAGGUAUUGAUGGGACGUAUCUCAAAAUAAUAAGAGCUAUUUAUGACAAACCCACAAAGUAUCAUACUGAAUAGGCAAAAACUGGAAGCAUUCCCUUUGAAAACUGGCACAAGACAGGGAUGCCCUCUCUCACCACUCCUGUUCAACAUAGUGUUGGAAGUUCUGGCCAGGGCAAUCAGGCAGGAGAAAGAAAUAAAGAGUAUUCAAUUAGGAAAAGAAGAAGUCAAAUUGUCCCUGUUUGCAGAUGACAUGAUUGUAUAUUUAGAAAACCCGAUCAUCUCAGCCCAAAAUCUCCUUAAGGUGAUAAACAACUUCAGCAAAGUCUCAGGAUACAAAAUCAAUGUUCAAAAAUCACAAGCAUUCCUAUACACCAAUAACAGACAGAGAGCCAAAUCAUGAGUGAACUCCCAUUCACAAUUGCUUCAAAGAGAAUAAAAUACCUAGGAAUCCAACUUACAAGGGAUGUGAAGGACCUCUUCAAGGAGAACUACAAACCACUGCUCAACAAAAUAAAAGAGGAUACAAACAAAUGGGAGAACAUUCCAUGCUCAUGGAUAGGAAGAAUCAAUAUCGUGAAAAUGGCCAUACUCCCCAAGGUAAUUUAUAGAUUCAAUGCCAUCCCCAUCAAGCUACCAAUGGCUUUCUUCAAAGAAUUGGAAAAAACUGCUUUAAAGUUCAUAUGGAACCAAAAAAGAGCCUGCAUUGCCAAGUCAAUCCUAAGCCAAAAGAACAAAGCUAGAGGCAUCAUGCUACCUGACUUCAAAUUAUACUACAAGGCUAUAGUAACCAAAACAGCAUGGUACUGGUACCAAAACAGAGAUAUAAACCAAUGGAACAGAACAGAGCCCUCAGAAAUAAUACCACACAUCUACAACUAUCUGAUCUUUGACAAACCUGACAAAAACAAGAAAUGGGGAAAGGAUUCUAUAUUUAACAAAUGGUGCUGGGAAAACUGGCUAGCCACAUGUAGAAAGCUGAAACUGGAUCCCUUCUUUACACCUUAUACAAAAAUUAAUUCAAGGUGGAUUAAAGACUUAAACGUUAGACCUAAAACCAUAAAAACUCUAGAAGAAAACCUAGGCAAUACCAUUCAGGACAUAGGCAUGGGCAAGGACUUCAUGUCUAAAACACCAAAAGCAAUGGCAACAGAAGCCAAAAUUGACAAGUGGGAUCUAAUUAAACUAAAGAGCUUCUGCACAGCAAAAGAAACUACCAUCAGAGUGAACAGGCAAUCUACAGAAUGGGAGAAAAUGUUUGCAAUCUACUCAUCUGACAAAGGGCUAAUAUCCAGAAUCUACAAAGAACUCAAACAAAUUUACAAGAAAAAAACAACCCCAUCAACAAGUGGGUGAAGGAUAUGAACAGACACUUCUCAAAAGAAGACAUCUGUGCAGCCAACAGGCACAUGAAAAAAUGCUCAUCAUCAGUGGCCAUCAGAGAAAUGCAAAUCAAAACCACAAUGAGAUACCAUCUCACACCCGUUAGAAUGGCGAUCAUUAAAAAGUCAGGAAACAACAGGUGCUGGAGAGGAUGUGGAGAAAUAGGAACACUGUGACACUGUUGAUGGGACUGUAAACUAGUUCAAGCAUUGUGGAAGACAGUGUGGCAAUUCCUCAGGGAUCUAGAACUAGAAAUACCAUUUGACCCAGCCAUCCCAUUACUGGGUAUACACCCAAAGGAUUAUAAAUGAUGCUUCUAUAAAGACACAUGCACACGUAUGUUUAUUGCGGCACUAUUCACAAUAGCAAAGACUUGGAACCAACCCAAAUGUCCAUCAAUGAUAGACUGGAUUAAGAAAAUGUGGCACAUACAUACCAUGGAAUACUAUGCAGCCAUAAAAAAGGAGGAGUUCAUGUCCUUUGCAGGGACACGGAUGAAGCUGGAAACCAUCAUUCUGAGCAAACUAUCACAAGG